AUGGUUGAGAACCAGACCACACAGGCCCUGAUCGAUUCAGGGUGCGGCCAGACCUUGGUCCGCCAAUCUCUGGGACCACCGGCCGACCCCCGUCUGACGCCGAUACAGUUACAAUGCAUCCACGGAGAUGUCCGACCUUACCCGAGUGCCUGGGCCCAGCUAACGGUGGGAGGCACUACCCGGAGGCUAGUCGUCGGCCUGGCGCCCGGACUGGCCUAUCCUGUGAUUCUGGGGCGAGACUGGCCCUUAUUCGAAGAGGUCCUCCGGGCAACGCCGGGCUUGGCCGCUGAACCCCGGGAACCCCCGCCAGCGGCGGGGCAGGCCGGUGCGGAGAGUGAGGGAGAGGACCAAGGAGGUCAGAGGCCGCUGGAACAAACUCCCUCAGCACCUCGCUUCGAUACGGACUUUUGCCGCGACCAGCGAUCAGACCCGACGCUUAGCCGGGCCUAUCAACAACUUGCGGCCGUCGACGGCUCCGUGGUAGAUUCUCAUCGGGCCACGCAGUGGCCUCAUUUCGAGCUCCGGCGAGAUAGGCUCUACCGCAUCGAUCGAGACCCACGCACCCGUGAACCCUUGACGCAAUUGUUGGUACCCCGCUGUCACCGCAGGGCCGUGAUGCAGUUGGCCCACGAUGUGCCCGCCGCCGGGCAUCUGGGGCAAGAGAAGACCCUCGCCCGAAUCCUGACGCGGUUCUUUUGGCCUGGUAUUCAUCAAGAGGUGAAGCAAUAUUGUACCUCCUGUCCUGAGUGUCAGCUGGCCGCACCGCCUCGGGUCUGCAAGCUCCUGGGGGUGAAACAGCUGCGUACGUCAGUGUACCACCCACAGACCGACGGGCUGGUAGAGCGGUUCAACCGCACCCUUAAGGACAUGCUAAAAAAAUUUCCCCCUGAGGAAUUGCGGCACUGGGACCAGUUCCUACCACCCCUGCUUCUGGCCAUCCGGGAGGUUCCGCAAGCCUCAACUAAGUUCUCCCCCUUUGAACAGUUGUACGGGCGGAGGCCCCGCGGACUUUUAGAUUUGAUGCGGGAGACCUGGGAGGAGUCGGCCUCCCCAACCCAGGGCCUCCUCCAGUACGUCCACCAAUUACGGGAAUACCUGACCCAGGCCGGGACAGUAGCCCGGGAGAAUUUGCGGGCCGCCCAGGCGAAGCAGGAGCGGAACUAUAACCAGGAGGUCAGGGCCCGGACGUUCGCUCCUGGGGACCGGGUCCUACUGCUCCUUCCCUCCAGCGAGUCGAAGCUGUUGGCCCGUUGGCAGGGGCCCUAUGAGGUGGUGCGGCAAGUGGGACCCGUGACAUACGAAAUCCGCCAACCCGACCGACGGAAGAAGCUCCAGAUCUACCACGUUAAUCUGCUAAAGCCAUGGUGUGACCGAGAGGGCCUACUGAUCGACCCUUGCCCGCCCGAGCCCGAGCUGGGUCCGGACACGGCUGAGACGAAGGGCGUGGAGGAACCCCCGAUAGGCCCCUCGCUCACGGCAGAGCAGCGUAAGCAGGCUACAUGUCUCCUGCAGGCUUUCCAAAAAACCUUCACGGCCGCCCCAGGUUAUACAACCCGGGCCUGUCACACAAUUCUGACCGAGCCAGGGAAAACGAUCAGAGAAACCACCCGGCCUUUGCCGUACCGGAUGCGACAGGAGGUAGAAGAAGAAGUCCGAACCAUGUUAGCCUUGGGGGUCAUCGAGCCCUCCUGCAGUGAAUGGCGCAGCCCGGUGGUGCUGGUCCCCAAACCGGACGGUACGCGCCGAUUCUGUAUAGACUUCCGUCGGGUAAACGCCAUCUCGCGGUUUGACGCCUAUCCGAUGCCCAGGGUGGAUGAGCUCCUGGGCCGCCUGGGGGAAGCCCAAUUUAUCACCACCCUGGACCUGAGCAAAGGGUAUUGGCAGAUCCCCCUCGACGAAGCGUCCAAAGAAAAAACGGCCUUUGCUACCCCCUCAGGCCUUUAUCAAUUUAAUCGGAUGCCGUUCGGCCUCCAUGGGGCCCCUGCGACCUUCCAGCGGUUGAUGGACCACCUCUUGCGGCCUCACCAGGAGUAUGCGGCCGCCUACUUGGAUGAUGUGGUAAUCUACAGCCGCCACUGGGAAGAUCACCUCAACCGGGUCGCCGCGGUCCUACGAACCUUGCGGGAGGCGGGGUUGACCGCCAACCCUAAGAAAUGUAGGAUCGCAUGGCAGGAGACCACCUAUCUGGGCUACACGGUGGGAGGAGGACGAAUCAGACCCCUGGUAGGCAAGGUACAGGCCCUUGCGGACUGUCCCACGCCCACGACGAAGCGUCAAGUGCGGCAGUUCCUGGGGCUCGCCGGGUAUUACCGGCGGUUUAUUCCGCAGUUUGCCUCAAUUGCCGCACCCCUAACUGAGCUCCUCAAGAAAAAUAGUCCCCGACAGGUGCGCUGGACGGCCGAGUGCGAGGUGGCCUUCCAGACCCUGAAGGACCGCCUUUGCCAGGAACCAGUCCUGUACAGCCCGGACUUCGACAAGCCGUUUAUUCUACAGACAGACGCGUCUAAGACCGGCGUCGGGGCGGUCCUGUCGCAGGAUAUGGAGGGGGGGGAUCAUCCCGUGAUAUACCUCAGCCGGAAGCUAUUCCCCCGCGAGCGCAACUAUUCCGUGAUCGAGAAAGAAGCCCUAGCGGUGAAGUGGGCCUGUGACGCCCUCCGAUUCUUCCUCCUGGGUGCCCCCUUCACCCUCGUCACGGACCAUGCACCCCUCCAAUGGUUGAUGAGGAGUACUCCCAGGAUGGAGGUCUGUGCUAAAUCAGCUAUUCAGAGUGUUGGUUAUGGGGGAGAAGCUGAAGUAGCUGUUACUCAUGCAAAUAUGCAAAACUUUGCUGGGAACAAACUAGAAAAAGGAGCUAAUUAG